AUGGCUGUAGGAAAGAACAAGAGAUUAUCCAAGGGAAAGAAGGGUUUGAAGAAGAAGGUUGUCGACCCUUUCACCAAGAAGGAAUGGUUUGACAUCAAGGCUCCAUCCACCUUUGAAAACAGAAACGUCGGUAAGACUUUGAUCAACAAGUCCACCGGUUUGAAGAACGCUGCCGAUGGAUUGAAGGGCCGUGUCGUCGAAGUGUGCUUGGCUGACUUGCAAGGCUCCGAAGACCACUCCUACAGAAAGGUCAAGUUGAGAGUUGACGAAGUCCAAGGUAAGAACUUAUUGACUAACUUCCACGGAUUGGACUUCACCUCCGACAAAUUAAGAUCCUUGGUCAGAAAGUGGCAAUCAUUGGUUGAAGCCAACGUCACUGUCAAGACCGCUGACGACUACGUCUUGAGAGUGUUUGCCAUUGCCUUCACCAAGAGACAAUCCAACCAAGUAAGAAAGACCACCUACGCUCAAUCUUCCAAGUUGAGAGAAGUUAGAAAGAAGAUGAUCGAAAUUAUGCAAAGAGAAGUUUCCAACGUCACCUUGGCCCAAUUAACUUCCAAGUUGAUCCCAGAAGUCAUUGGCCGUGAAAUCGAAAAGUCCACCCAGACCAUCUUGCCAUUGCAAAACAUCCACGUCAGAAAGGUCAAGGUCUUGAAGCAACCAAAGUUCGACUUGGGUGCUUUGUUGUCCUUGCACGGUGAAGGUUCCACCGAAGAGAAGGGUAAGAAGGUGUCUUCUGGUUUCAAGGAUGUGGUUUUGGAAUCCGUCUAA